UGUCCAUCUCUUCCUUUUUUCUUCUUUUAAGUUUGUCUCUCAUUCAUUUCAUCCCGAUAAUUUAUCGUGAAGAAUCAUACACGCAAUCAAUUGAAUGAUACAGUUUUGGCAAAUUCGGAUUUCCGAUGCUCCAUAGAUUAAAUCUUAUACAAAUUUUGUCAAAAAAUAUUCUAAAGAUCAUUUUUCUAUCUUUACAAUUGUGCUAAAAUAACUCGCGAUUUUUUCUUUCGAAAAAAUCGAAGUAAUUACUAGUUUUCAUAGAUUUCCGAAUUUUUUAUAUCAAAGAACAUGCAAAAAUACUCUUAUAUGUUUUUAAUAGGCGCGAGAAUGUAACAAUAAAAUAUGAAAACUUUAAUCUAACCGAACUUGUGUGUAUCAUCAGUUUCAGAAUCGUUUUCAGACCGGCAACUAGCAAGUUUUAAUUUGUGUGCUUGGAUAUUCUUCUCAUUUUCUUGUACAUUCUUAUAUAUACCUAUUACAUUCCGUGGAGAUGGCGAGUUUGAAGGUGCGAGUGAAUUCUCCGACGGUGCGUUAUUCGGAAGAUUUCAUCGAAGCAGAAUACGAGUACCGGACAACUAGCGUGGCUGAGGGCGACGAGAAUGAUGAUAAUAUAUAUACGGUGUCACCCACAUUGACAAGAUUACUGAUCAAGACCAUGAUGAAGGUUCCCAAGCUGGGAUUGAUGAUGGUGGGCUGGGGUGGUAACAACGGUAGCACUGUAACAGCAGCUUUAAUUGCGAAUAAGCUCAAAUUAAAGUGGGAAACAAAGGAGGGUGAGAAAACUGCAAAUUGGUAUGGUUCUUUAACGCAAGCGUCCACUGUGAGAUUAGGCAGAAAAAGUGAAGGAGAGGAUGUUUAUGUUCCUAUCUCUAGUAUGCUGCCCAUGAUCAAUCCUGAUGAUAUCGAGAUUGAUGGUUGGGAUAUCUCAGAUGUAAAUCUUGCUGACGCCAUGACGCGCGCUAAAGUGUUGGAUAUAAAUUUGCAAGUACAAUUGCAACCCUACAUGGCACACAUGCGGCCCAGGAAGAGCAUAUACUACUCUGAUUUCAUCGCAUCGAAUCAAGGUAAAAGAGCAAAUAAUAUCAUCAUGGGCACUAAGGCUGAACAGCUCAACAAAAUUCGUAAUGAUAUUGUGGAAUUCAAAACUACGAAGAAUUUGGAUCAAGUGAUUGUCCUGUGGACUGCUAAUACCGAGAGAUUUACGGAAAUCAUAACGGGUGUUAAUGACACGGCCGAUAAUCUUCUGAAAGCAAUCAAGGAGAAUCAUUCAGAGAUUAGUCCCAGUACCAUGUUCGUUGUGGCGGCGGCUUUAGAAGGAUGUACUUACAUCAAUGGAUCGCCACAAAAUACUUUUGUGCCAGGUGUUUUUGAGCUAGUUGAAAGGCAGAAAACAUUUAUCGGUGGUGAUGAUUUCAAAUCUGGCCAGACAAAACUGAAGUCCGUGCUCGUAGAUUUUCUCAUAUCGGCCGGCAUUAAACCGGUAUCAAUUGUUAGUUACAAUCAUUUAGGAAAUAAUGAUGGAUACAAUUUAUCUGCACCACAGCAAUUUCAUUCAAAAGAGAUUUCCAAGAGCAAUGUUAUAGACGAUAUGGUGCAAUCCAACAAGAUUCUCUAUAAACCUGGAGAAAAACCGGAUCAUUGUGUCGUUAUCAAAUACGUUCCCUAUGUUGGUGAUAGUAAAAGAGCUAUGGAUGAAUACACUUCUGAAAUCAUGCUGGGUGGCCAUAACACUAUAGUGAUUCAUAACACGUGUGAAGACUCGCUCUUGGCAGCACCUAUCAUUCUUGAUCUCGUCAUCUUGGCCGAGCUCUGUUCUCGCAUUACUUUCAAGAAAAUGAACUCCGACGAAGAAUUUUCUAGUUUUCAUAGCGUGCUCUCUAUUCUGUCGUAUCUUUGUAAAGCUCCUCUAGUGCCACAAGGAACGCCGGUCGUAAAUGCCCUUUUCCGACAGCGGAGCGCUAUCGAAAACAUUUUACGAGCCUGCUUGUCCUUACCACCAGAGAACAACAUGUUGCUGGAACACAAGGUCACCUUCAAGAUUUAAAGAAGACGCGGUGAAAAGAAGAUUGAAGGAAUAUAAGAAAUCAAGCGGACAUAAGGUGGAAAAGCGAUAUAGCAAAAAUUUUGUUUAUUAUUAGAAGAGAUAGUAAUUUUUUUUUUAAGUUGUUUUCUUUAAUCAAAUCCAAUAGUACUAUUUCAAAAUUAAUUUCAAGGUUACAAUUUUGAAAUUUUGAAACGACAAUAACUUUGUUAUAGAAAGAGAAAAUAGUUAAUAGCAUUCUUAUAGUUAAGUUUUUUUAGUUACAUCUAGUAUAUUGAAACUAAUUUUUCAAGAUUAUCAUUUUGGAAUGGCAAGAAAAUGAUGUAAUUUUGAAGGCUGACUUUCCCAAUUUAUAAAAAAAUUAGUUUUAUAUAAAAAUUGUUUAAUAUAUAUAAAUAUAUAUAUAUAUAUAUUAAACAAUUUAUAUAUAUAUAUAUAUAUAUAUAUAUAUAUAUGUAAUAUAUUAAAAAUAUAUCACUCGUUAACUAAGAUUAUUAAUAUCAUAACAAAAUAAUUUUUUUUAACAUCUGAGCAAUUUCACACAUUAUAUACUAUUUUAUAUACUAGUCAAUAAUAUCAUUAAUUAAUUACUAUUAUAAUUAUUGUAGUAUAAUUAUUUUAUAUUUAAUGUUAGUUAUAUAU